GCAGGUGAAACUUUGUUUUUACUUUUGUUCAAACAACCUGAUGUGAUGCGUUAGUGUGUCCAUGUAAAUGACGAGGUAAUGAUGAUGCUGUCUCAUCCUCACAUAAAAACCAAAACAGCCAGCUGUUCAGACAGAGACCCAGAAAUCCCCAGAGGGUGAUCCCUCACCACCGCAGGUCUAAAAUCUCUCCCUGCCUCCAUCUCUCCGCCCCACACACACACACACACCGCGCGCGCGCGCACGCACACACACUCCAUCUCUCUCAUUGCCGAAUGAGGACUCAUGCGACCGUGGCAGAUCGAGCCCCAGUGUGUGUCCUGGAGCUGAACCAAGGUUCGGUCGGCGUGUUCCUCAUCCUCCUGCCCGGCUCUGGUUCGCUGGUCUGGCGACUGCUCUCCUUUGCCGCGCUGCGCUGCUUUGCGCUGCGUCGCCGUCGCCAGCGGACAGCGUGCCAGAUAGAUCUGCGCUCUGCUCCUGAUGACUGUCGCGUCUGCGAGAGCGAGAAGAUCCGCGCUCUGCCAGUGCUUCGCAAACUUGGACCGUGUGUGUGUGUGUGUGAGUGAAAUCUCCGUCAGUGCUGAAUAACGACGACGUGUUGGACCAUGAUGUGACUCCACCACAGGACUAAACUGUUACCACAUCAACUUUUUCCUCCAGCAGCGGAGAUUACGGCUUUGACUUGAAGGAAAGUGUGUUGGAAAUACUUUUUUCUUAUUUCUUUUAUUUAUUUAUGAUCCCACUGGAGUGAUUUUACUUCCCAACACACAAGACGAGAUGCGUAAACGAGCACAAUGCCCAACAAUGGGAUUAUAAAGUGCACCAUGUGGAGUCUGUCGGGUCACUCUUGAGGACCGGGGUCCGCUGCAUGCUCUGCGGGUUUAUGGAGACGAGCAGCCCGAGGAUGGCGGCUGGGACCCGGGAGCCGCCGGUGAACUCUUCUCCGGCGGUGGCAGCGAACGCUGAAGGCGAGGAAAUCGAGGUUCUGGAAAGUACCGACGUCCUUCCAGUGGCUCCAGAGGACCAAUGGAAGUCUAUGUUUGACAAGUAUGAUCCAGAGAAUUCGGGUUUCAUCAGUACAGAGCGGUUCAGGGACCUUCUGGCGGCUCACAGCUCUGAGUUGGACCCCCACAAACUGGAAGUUCUUUUGGCCCUCGCCAAUGGCAAUGCUGAUGGAAAGAUCUGCUACCAGGACUUUGUGAACCUGAUGAGUAACAAGCGUUCCAACAGUUUUCGGAGGGCCAUUCUGCAGGGGAGCAGACAGCUCAAAGGCUGCAGUCUCAGAGAUGAGGUCGGCCUGGGUCUCUCUCAGCGGCUGGUUCGACAUGUCGCCUACGAGACGCUGCCCCGCGAGGUCGACCGCAAGUGGUACUUUGACAGCUACACCUACUGUCCCCCUCCAUUGCUCAUUCUGGCCAUCACCAUUGCUGAGGUCGCCGUGUUCAUGUACUACGGGUUCCAGCUGGACCGCUUUGUCCUGCAGGUGUCCAGCCCAUCAUUCCUAAAGAGCCCACUACCGUACCAUCCCCAGCUACGGGCCCAGGCCUGGAGGUAUCUCAGCUACAGUUUCAUGCACACUGGCAUUGAGCACCUCAGCCUGAACAUGGCCAUGCUGCUGCUGGUUGGAGUCCCUCUAGAAAUGGUCCAUGGAGCACUAAGGAUCGGGCUGGUCUAUGUGUGUGGUGUGCUGGCAGGGUCUUUAGCUGUGUCUGUCACAGAUAUGACGGCUCCAGUGGUCGGGUCGUCAGGGGGAGUGUACGCCCUGGUCUCAGCGCACUUGGCUAAUGUUGUAAUGAACUGGUCGGGUAUGAAGUGUCAGUUUAAAUUAUUCCGGAUGGCAAUGGCUCUGGUGUGCAUGAGUGUAGAGUUCGGUCGGGCAGUGUGGUUGCGGUUCUACCCUCCGGCCUUUCCUCCGUGCCCCAACCCCAGCUUUGUAGCUCACCUGGGUGGGGUGGUGGUUGGCCUCACAUUAGGUGUGGUGGUCCUGCAGAACUAUGAGCAACGACUCCAGGAACAGUCCCUUUUUUGGAUCUUUUUCUGUGUCUACACCUUGUUUGUGCUUUGUGCCGUUUUUUGGAACGUUUUUGCCUACAGCUUGCUGGACGUGCGACUGCCCCCGUCACCGUGAGUUGUCUAUAAGAGGCAGACAAGACACUGUAUCCUCUUUAACCCUCCAUUAGUAGUUUUGACCACUUGGCUGGAUGAGUUACCUCACCCUUCAUAUUACAAGCUACAUCGCCAGGUGAUCAGAGUUGUCUAAGAGCCACCUUAUUUCUGCAUCCAGUGCCCUGAUCUGAUAUGCAGAAAGCUUCUCCCCAUUCAGCAUUCAGGUCCAUCUGCUCAUUGUCUUUGUGUCUGUCGGAUGCUUGGCUCGAUAUUAUCAGCCAGUGGGUCUUUUUGUUGACAACACUGUGAUGACAAAUGAGACGUCUUAGAUCGUACACAGGAACAAGCAGGAGCAACUCUGUCUUCACGGUGUAACUUACUCUGCCUCUCCAUCCUCAAUCCAACAGUGCCUACUAAUGGAGACUUCAGCAUGAUAAACAUAUGUAUCAACAUGUGGAGGGUGACAGCAACAAAAUAUGUUCCUAGAAAUCUUGUUGUUUACCUGUGCCCUCUUAAGGAAGAAUAAGGUCAUAGAAUUUAGGCUCAAUUAGGGUUUUGUAACCAUUACAAGUAGCUAAUGAGCCAUAAAUGAGAUAUAAAACUGAUGAAGUUUCUUCUUCACAGAAUGAAGAAGAUCUUGGAAAAAAAACCUUUUUGAAAAUAAGUAUGAAUUUACCUUUGAUGGAAAGUGUAGCUUGCAAUUCAGUGUUGCCUUCAGCAUCUGGCACUGUCUUUUUUGAUUUUUUUUUUUUUUCGUGUGUGUGUGUGUUCAAGGAGUGUGACAAUUCUAACAUUGUACAGAUUAAAAAAAUGAAGCAGAAGUGCCAUUUAUACUUUAAGCUUUCAAAAAUGAUGCCAAAUUAUUGCUAAAAGCACCAGGGGAUGAGCACACCCCUUUGACAAGUGUUACUUUUGUGUCAGCAAAAUUUAUAUAUAUAUAUAUAAAAAAAUGUGCGUAAAGAUUCAGUUAAACAAAGCAGAAAUGUCUUAUGAGCUCUAAAAAGCUGUUUUUGGAAAGCCAAGUAUUGCAGUUAAAGUCUGGUAAUGUUGUUGUCCCCUCUGGACAUUUACACUAAUGUUUAUUGUGGUUGAAAAGUGCAAAGAAGAGACAGAUGUUUAUUUACUGAUCGGUAAUGUGGUGAAAUUAAGAAAAAUGUGAUUAAAAAAAAAAAAAAACAUUCACCAGUGGUGGGCAGCUGGACCUCUUUGAAGAAACCAUGUAUUUUUUUGCUGUUACCAAAACAUAGAAGAGCACACAUGCCUGACCUCGACUACAUCCGGGCUGGGGUCCUUUCACUCUCAGUUCAGGAGUCAAAUCAAUGCUCUCUCAUUAGUUCCUGUCACAACCUAAAUUGUUAAUUGAUUGAAUUGGGAUAGAAAGCGACCACAGCCCUGAGUCUCAAACUAAACUGUACUGUUAACCUCAUGCAACACUGAUACCUGCUUAGCAUUAUUAUAAUGUGAUUAAAUAGAGAUGAAUUAUUUUAACAUGAAUUCACUGAUUUUAUUUUUUCUUGGUGAUGUUGUUUGUGUUGUAGAAAAUGUUUGGUUGGUCUGUCUUGUGACAUGUUAGCUAUAUCCUAUGUGUAUUCUAUUUAAAGACAAACGGUUCUAAAGAUGGUCUGGGAUUG